UCGUCCUCACCCAGAAUCUUCUCUGACUCAUUACAUUCCAUCACUUCAAUUCCCUAGAGAAAAAAAAAAUGUCGGCAGCAGAGGCAGAGAACAUCCCCACCAACGUCUCCUCAGGAGAUGCUAAAGCGAAGAAGACAAAGGAAGCUAAACCUAAGAAGAAGCCUGCAGCAGAGAAGAAGUCUCCGAAGAAGAAGAAAGCUUCCUCUCCACCAUCUCACCCUAAAUACGAAGAGAUGAUUAAAGAUGCAAUCACGACGUUGAAGGAGAGGACCGGAUCUAGCCAAUACGCGAUUCAGAAGUUCAUCGAGGAGAAGGAGAAGUCUCUUCCAACUACCUUCAGGAAGCUUCUCCUCGUUAAUCUCAAGAGGCUCGUCGCUGCUGAGAAGUUGGUUAAGGUGAAAGGAUCUUUCAAACUUCCCUCUGCUAAAUCCGUUUCAGCAGCAGCGGCAGCUAAACCGGCGGCGGUUAAGAAGAAACCAGCGGCUGUAUCUAAACCUAAGGCUCCGGUUAAAGCUAAACCGGCAGGUAAAGAAACUAAGAAGCCUGCUGCAAAGCCAAAGGCUAAAGUUGUUGCUGCUAAGCCUAAAGCGAAGACAAAGAGCGUUGCCGCUGUGUCCAAGACUGCGGCUAAGCCUAAGGCGAAGGAGAGACCUGCUAAAGCGGCGAGGACUUCGAGUAGAACGUCUCCGGGGAAGAAAGCUGCUGCUCCGGCUAAGAAAGCUGUGGCUGUGGCUAAGAAGAAGAAGGCUCCGGUUAAGAGUGUGAAGUCUCCGGCGAAAAGGGCUUCUACGAGGAAGGUGAAGAAGUGAAGAAGAUUUGGUGGUUUUAUAGGAUAUGGUGGUGGUUUAGCUUCUUUAGGGUAGUCUUGUAUAAUUGAAUCAUCCUUCAAGGGGCUUUGCUUUUCCAUAGUUUUUUUUUUUUUUUACUUUCUGGUUUUUUUUUGAAACCUUGUUCUUGUAAUUUUUUUUUUGGUUUGUCUGAAAUGAAAGCCCUUUUUAAUCAAUAGCUAAAUGUGGUGUUGUCUUCA